AUGGAGGUGACACAGAUAUCUGCGUCCUCCACCCUCACCAACGCGCAUAAGGAAGAGCAACUGGUGCAAAAAGCACGACAAUGGCUGUCACAGCAGGGCAACGACAAGUGGUUGAUCGUAUACGAUAAUUACGACAAUCUCCGUCUACCGGGAAUAGAUAGCGCAACAGGGUACGAUAUCCGCGCCUACUUCCCAUCCCGAGCAUAG